AAGCCAGCUAUUCAGGAGGCAACAUUAGAGCGAAUAACUAUGUAAAAACUCCGCACCGGCGUGGUCCGCCAAACAGGUAGCGCUGGUGACGUCAGCAAGGUAGAGUGCCGUGCUGGUGGCGUUUGCCACAUGUCCUCGGUUCCGGCUCCAGCCUAGUUGUUUUGCACUGCAACCACAAUGACCACAAAGGACAAGGAGAGGGGGUGCCGCGUGUGUGGGGGGGCCCUCCAGGGUAACCAGCGGCGGUGGCUCUUUGGGGGCCAACACAAGAGAGAGUCCCUGACCCCACCCGACUACUUCAGCAAAAGCAGCCAGCCCGGGUCCUCCCAAAGCAGCCCGUGGGGUAGCAGUCUGUCUCUGGGCUCUUCUCAUUCACUCUCAAAGUCUCAGCUCCCCUCCUCCUCACGAGGAGUAGACUUGCUCUCCGUCUUGACACACGCGCUGAAUAAGUCUGUGCCGCGAGGCUCCAGACGCGGGGAGUUCUUGUGUGGGAAGUGCGUGUCGAUGUUGGAGCGGGUAUUUAAGUUCGACACCGUCAUCGCUCGGGUCAGGGUCUUAUCCUCCGAGAGGCUGCAGAAGCUCGUUCAGGAGCGGGAUAAGCUGAGGCAGUGGGUGUACAACGCUUACAGGAACCAUAACGCGCGGGAAUGGGAGACGAGGGGGGGGCCGAGCCAGGAGGAGAAUGGGGAGGGGGGUGGCAGGGAGGAGAAGGUGACGGACGGAUACAGGGACAUGCUAAGAGACAACAUGUCUCUGUCCGCAUUCGAGUGUUGGUCAGAGAAAUGGGGAUCCUGUCCUUAUUUUCAGAGAACAGGGAAAAGAUGCAGGAAGGGGAAAAGCUGCCAGGGAUGCGAUUCGCUGCGGGUGUCGGACUCGGACUAUGAGUCUGUGUGCGGUGUCCCUCGGUCCCUCCCCUUUCAGGCCUUCUCCCCAUUGGCCCUCUCUCGGGACAAGUCGCGCAGUAUGCCUCUGCAUUGGUCAAGGAUGUCGUCAGUCAGCUCGGAUUCUGCGUCGUCGGUGGGCUCCUGCCACUCUUUCCAGGAGCCCUUUUAUUCGGGCUCUGUUCCCUCCUUGAUUUCCAUGGAUGGCCCCGAAGCUUUCGAUUGGCCAGAGGAGGAGCACGUCAUGUUAGGGAACAUCCUGAAGGAGUUAAAGGCCAUAGAGACGAGACCAGUUAAGUGCCCGUCAGGCAGCCGGAUUCCAGUAUGGGACAGGAGCAGGGGUGGGUCGUGGGAAUCGGCGAGGGAAAGGUCAGGCUCUGAUGUCAUUAGGGCUCUGAGUUUUGGAGAUGGAGGACAUGAUGAAGAUGUUGCUGAUGGAGAAGCCAAGGAUGUCCUGACUGAAUUGACUGAUGAAUUUCUUCCUCUACACAAAGAGAAACAUAAAGGCCAAAUGCACAAUGUAGUCAGGCACUUGCGGGGACAGCUAGAUCAAGCUUUUGGACGUAUACGAAGCCUGGAGGCAGAACUGAAGGCCAACGCCGGGCGCAGAGGGCAUGGUGCCAGUCAGCCGGAGGCACCCGAUACGGCUCAGGUGCCUCAGGAGGGCGCUGAGGGUGUGCUGCUCCGGACCCUGGGUGACGCACUGCACAGCAGGGAGAGAAUCAUCCGGGAUUGUAUGUCUUUGGUAAAAAUGCUGCGUGCUGAAGUGGGAGGAGCUGAUGUGGAGGCCAGACUGACGGAAAAGCUGACAGAGAUCCUGAAAAACACAGACACAAAGCAAGUUUCAGAGACUGUGCUGAGAGAAGAGAGAGAGAAGCAGAUGGCGCUGGAGAAGGAGGUGGAGGCUCUGAGGCAGGCCACCAGAGACCGGGAGAUGGACCUCGACACCCUGCGUUCAUUGCUGCAGUGUAAUCAAGACGUUAUUGACGGAUUACGGGUGGAGCUCGGAGAACGCGAGCGAGUGCUCAGGGAGGGGCAGCUGGAGAGGGAGGCGUGGAGACAGAGGGACCAGGCCCUGACCAAGCUGCUGCAGGAGAAGGAGACCCUGACCUGCUGCCUGAAUGAGGCGCUAGAGAGCGCCCUGAAGGAUGUUCAGGCUCUUUCAGACUCUGUGAUUGGACAGGGUUUGUCAGGUGGUGGGGCCGAGGGUGCACUGGCCUAUCAGCUGAGAGAGAAAGAGACUAUGCUGUCUGGCUGGCUGAAGGACAGGGAGGAACACAGCGCCUCCAUGUGGCAGGAAGUCAAUCAGCUCACUACAGCCUUACAGGAGUUACAGACAGCAGUGCAGGCACAAGGGGACAACCACGGUCAGACGGUGUCGACAUUAACAGCACAGCUCAGGGACACCCAGACGGCACUGAGGGAGCGGGAGAAAGAGAGCAAGAAGACACUUCGGGAGUGGCAGAGAGAGAGGGAGGACAGAAGCAGGGAGGAGAGGAAACUAAGAGAGAACCUGGAGAAGAGAGAUGAACUGAUACAGCAGGUCCUGUUUGAUUCCGAGGAGCGAGACCGUCAGCUCACAGAACUACAGCAGAACGCUCUUUCCAAGCUGGAGCCUCGCACGGCCCUCAAGGACACACUAUGAACGAGUAUAGUGCAGCAAAGCGGGCGGCAGCUUCCGCGAUUCCUGCCAUGUGCUCCGGACGUCACAGUGACGCAGACGUGCAAUUAAAGAAUGCGCUUGUCUGUCGUCUGUGCCAGGUGGUAUGUUGGUUUCAGCAAGCAGCUGAUUCAAGUAUCAUAACAAAGGACAAUUCAUUCCAGGGUGUGGGAGGAUAUGCACGUUUGUUUUUUUGUUUGUUUGUUUUUACCACCAUAUUGUAAACAGCUGCACUUUAACUGUGUGGUAAUUGGGUAUAAAACUGUUUUGCUAUUACGGCCAAGUGGUUGUUUGACCUGUCAGUGAGGUGAUGCUAUUGUACCUCUUCAGAGGUGAAUUACUCGGUGUGCUUUUUUGUUUCAAGCCUUAACGUGCACGACUUGUACGUCAGUGUGUAGUGUGGUGUUCAGGUAUUCCAGGGUUCAUUGUUUUCUUUACAAAUGGCAGACUGCUUAUGAUUCAGGUUAUUGCACUUAACCAGGGAACUCAUGUAGUGUUUUCACAAUUGAAACCUUAUCCAUCUGAUCAACACUUUAAUUUCAAAUAUUUUUCUAAAUGCAAUAAUAAUGAUGUGGAACUUGUGCCACCUGGGACAAAAGCUUAUGUGGUUUUUUUUUACCAAUAAAAGUCACCCCUUCAAAUUUUUUCAUUUUUUUGCCUUUAACUAUAGAAGUUAUAUGCUAAAUUGCUAAUCAUUAACUACAGACACCAAGUUGCAGGCAGUAACAUCACAGUUCUGUUGGCAUUACAAUUAUUUUUUUGUAUCAAUUGUGUAAAUGUUUCAGUGAGGGAUAUAACGUUAUAUUCUUGUGUUCAUUACACUACUUUGUAUCACAUAUGUAUAUUUUGUUAACCUAUGUGUGAACAGCUCCUGAACAUGGCUGGAUGGAUGGAUAUUAUGCAUUUAUUGUUAAAUGGUUGGCAUAAUUUUAUGCAUCCUCAGAUUAAAGUUAUUUAAUAUCCACCUG